CUACUUCCGGUCUGACAUCUUAGGUCACGAACUACCAACUGCCAACUCCCAACUGCGAACUACCAACUACCAACUGCCAACUACCAACUGCAACUGCCAACUGCCAACUACCAACUGCCAACUGCCAACUACCAACUGCCAACUACCAACUGGAGUAGCACUCAGGGCCACCGUACAUUACAGAUAACUUUUUGGCUUCGUGACCAACCUCCUCCGGGAGUAUAUACAUGGUUUCUUGUCCGUGGGUGUGGUUUAUACAUAGAUCCUUUCCGGGCAAGAGUAGAAACAAGGGCUAUUAAUUUUGUGCUCUGCAAGUUUAAUACAGUACGUGUUCCUCUGAGCUUUGCUGCACUCUUAUCAUGUCAUCUCUUGUGGAUAUUCCCGAGUGGAAAGCACUCGAAAACCACUACAAAGCUGCCAAAGAUUGGCAGAUGAGAAAAAUGUUUGAAGAAAAUCCGGACAGAUUUAAGGAAUUCAGUGCUACUCUCAAUGGAAAGGAUGGAAAGGUGCUUAUUGAUUUCUCCAAGAAUAUAAUUCAAAAGGAGACGUUGGAACUCCUUUUCAACCUGGCACGAGCGCGUGGAGUUGAGCAGUUGAGAGACAAAAUGUUUUCUGGGGAGAGAAUCAACAUCACAGAGGAUCGUGCAGUCUUGCAUAUUGCCCUACGGAACCGCUCUGACAGGCCUAUUCUAGUCGCUGGGAAAGAUGUUAUGCCUGAUGUCAAUCGUGUUCUUGCGCAAAUGAAGUCUUUCACACAGGCUGUGCGUAGUGGAGAGUGGAAAGGAUACUCUGGUAAGAGGAUUACCGAUGUCGUGAAUAUUGGGAUUGGCGGAUCAGACUUGGGUCCUUACAUGGUCACUGAGGCUCUUAAGCCGUAUGGGAAAGGAGGACCCAAUGUUCACUUUGUGUCAAACAUCGAUGGCACUCAUCUUGCGAAGACCGUCUCCAGCCUGAAUCCAGAAAACACACUGUUCAUUGUUGCCUCCAAGACCUUCACAACCCUUGAAACAAUCACUAAUGCUAAGUCUGCUCGAAAGUGGCUUCUUCAAUCAGCAAAGGAUGAUUCUGUUGUUUCCAAGCAUUUUGUUGCGCUUUCAACAAAUGAGAUUGAAGUAACAAAGUUCGGAAUAGCCAAAGAGAACAUGUUUACUUUUUGGGACUGGGUUGGUGGUCGUUAUUCCUUGUGGUCAGCUAUUGGACUCUCAAUUGCUGUCAACAUAGGCAUGGACAACUUCGAGCAGCUUCUUGCUGGAGCUCACUUUGUUGACGAACACUUCCGUACUGCCCCCCUAGAGAAGAAUGUACCUGUCAUCAUGGGAGUGCUGGGUGUUUGGUACAAUAACUUCUUCGGUGCUCAAAGUCAUGGCCUGCUUCCCUAUGACCAGUAUCUGCACCGGUUUGCUGCCUACUUUCAGCAGGGAGAUAUGGAGUCAAACGGGAAAAGUGUGACUCGUAGCGGAGCAAGUGUUAACUACUCAACUGGGCCAAUUGUGUGGGGGGAGCCAGGAACCAAUGGUCAGCACGCCUUCUAUCAGCUAAUUCAUCAAGGUACAAAGGUUAUCCCGUGCGAUUUUAUUGCCCCUGUGGAAACACAGAAUCCUCUGGCUGACGGGCUGCAUCAUGAGAUUCUUCUUGCUAACUUUUUGGCCCAAACUGAAGCAUUAAUGCGUGGAAAAACACGUGGAGAGGCCAGAGAUGAGCUCGUCAAAGUUGGUGUUAAAGGACCAGAGCUGGACGCUCUCUUACCUCAUAAGAUUUUCAGUGGGAACAAGCCAACUAAUUCCAUCUUACUUCAAAAAAUCACUCCGUAUAGCCUUGGUUUGCUGAUUGCCUUGUACGAGCACAAGAUUUUUACACAGGGUGCCAUAUGGAACAUCAAUUCAUACGAUCAAUGGGGGGUGGAGCUUGGUAAACAGCUUGCUAAGAUUAUCCAGCCUGAGUUGAAGGGGAAGGAGCAAGCAACUGGACAUGAUGCCAGUACUAAUGGUCUUAUCAACUACAUUAAAGCUCAAACAAAAUAGAAGAGAAACAUAAUUAUAACUCAGACCAAAUAGGAGUGUAGGCUGGAGUGUAGGCUGUCAGAAUAUGUGGCGAGCAUGAAAUUGAAAUUUAUUAUUAUG